AUGAUCAAUCCGCCUCUGCACCAGAAACAGCCCUGGGGCUUCGGACGACCAGCUCGAGCGACGGAGGCAGCGAGCCCGCGGGGCGUCAGCGUGUCGGGCCGGCCGUCUUUCUCCCCGCCGCAGCUCUGUGCGUCUCGAGAAGUUUUCCCUUAUUGUCCCUUGGCCGUCGCUCUGUCGUCUGUGGCCCAUUCGUCUGUGUCAUCUACGCCUCGUCUCCCCGUGUCGGCGUCUCGAACGGCCGCGCCGCGAUCGUCUUCCGCAGCCCCCGCUGUGGGUCCGGCGGGCGACUCUGUCUCCGCUCGCGCCUUCGAGUGUCGGAGCGGCGCUUCUCUGGAAGAGGGGAAGUCUCCAGUGUCUCCUGCUGGAUCGCGGCCGUCUCCUCUGGCGGGCGCCGUUUGCCCGCGUGACGAAGCGUCGGCAACUCGCCUCACUGUUGAGGACCACCCGGACCCAGCGAGGGGAGUGCGAUCGCCGAUUGGAGCGAGACAGCAGCUAGGGGGCUCUGAGGCGGUAUGUGAGGCGCCGAGCGGUGCUGCGUCUAGUUUGAAUCACCCCCGGUUGAAGCCAAGGCCUUCCCCUGCCUCGCAUGUCUCUUCUUUCGGGACCAUGGCUUCUGUGCAGCGACGGCCGCGCACCGACGCGUCCGUGUCAACGCGUGUCGCGGCCGAGUCUCCACUUGGGCCUUCGGGCGCACACACCGGGUCUCCGGGGGGGCGUGCUUUCGCCUCGGCCAGGCCUGUGGAAGGCCGUCGCGGCUGGAGCGUCGGCCGUGGCUUCUCCGGCGCAACCCGUUUGGCUGCAAAAAACGGUCCAGUCGAGAGCUGGGUAGGAACCUUGUCGCCGGCGGGACUCGACGAACAAGCGAGCGUGGAGACGUCCGCGUCGUCAGCCGCGGUCGAGAGGGAAUCGCCUGGUCUCUGGAGCCUCGCAGAGGUCGGCCAAGGCGUUUCUCGCGUGACUCCGGCCGCGCCUUCUCUGGCCUCUUCAGUGGAAGAGGCUUCGCCAUCUCGCCUCGCCGCAACGGUACAGACAUCCGAGGAGGAACAGGAGUCGCCUUGGACCCAUCUGGUCCGGGAGUCGAACCAGCCCUUCGCCCCCGUGAUAGGCCACUACGUCGAAGGCUUCACGAGCAGCAGCUCUGGAAGUAGCACUUCUGUCUCGCCCUCGCCGCGUCGGCAGUCGAGCCCCGUGCGCCGCCGCGUCGGCAGUCGAGCCCCGGGGGAUCCUGUGGUCGGCGGGGAGGUCGCCUGGUACCCGCGGGGCCGCUCUGGGAGACACUCUCGUGGGCGAUCCAGCGGGGAUCGCGAGGGUAGCGACCGCAGCAGUUCCUCGGAGGCCGAGACGCCAGCGCCGGAGGCCGGACUGUUUGGGAUGCACGCUGGCAGUCAGUUUCUGCAGCUUUCUCGCGCCCUUCUGGGGGCAGACUACAGACGCAGUUCCGAUCCGAGCUCGGACGCAGACAGCGACAUCGACCGGCAAAGACUGGAACAGCAGCAGCUGCUUCAGGAGCUCCGCCUGAGAACCCUCGGCUUGGGCGCCGGACACGCGAAACACGGCCGCGCUUCGGCCUAUAGACGGGCGCGAGCGACUGCAGGGGCGGUCGCGUUGUCCGCGACAGACCAGAGCGGCUCCGGCUGGGUCCGGACGGCUGCUGCCCCGGGAGUCGAGAGGGACUGGGGGGGGCGAGCUGAAGACUUUCGAGGGUUCCGCGACCAUGAAGAAGGGACGGGAAGAGCAGGCGCCUCCGUGUCGGGAUCAUCUUCGGUGCCGCAAAGCGCUUUCGGUUCGAGACGCGCCCGAGGAGAUGCGCCCGUGGCCGGCUCCCGCGAGGGGUAUGGGCUAGACACGCGCAUUCGACGCGGUCGGAGCAUGCGCCGGAGGUCGCCCCCUGAGCGCGGGAGUCAGGUGAGGAGAGGCAGGCAGGUGCGCGUCUCGGGUGGCGAGUCGCAGAGCUCUCUCGCAGGUUUGCAGCUCUUGGCAGAUGGUACCUUCUUGGGUGCGCUGCUUUUCGGAGACCAGAUGCUGAGUGCUGAAGGCCUCAAAACCGACGACAGCGACGUCUCCUCGGGCCCUGACGCUUGCCCGUCCCCGGUGGUGGUCCCCGCAGAGGGACGCAGAGGGGCGGACGCGCGACGGCCUAUUCGCACCCCCCGCAGCGUGAAAGCUACGGAAGAUCCUCAGUUGAGCGGCGCAAACGGCCGAGACAGUCCACAUGAAGACUGCAUCCGCUCAGGGGAUACAGUGUCGGAUGCAGAGGAAGGGUUUCCCCGAUCUUCGCCCCGUACUGCUGCGCAGGCCGGAGCGGGUUGGAAUGGAGAAACGAGUCCGAUGUCACAGACGAGUUUGGCCUCAGGGGCCGAGCGGGGUGGCUUCGCCGACCGUUCGUCUUCUGGGCGAGGUUGCGGCUACCAGUCGCCGAGAGCGCAGCGACAGGUCGGGACCCAAGGGCGUGUCUUUGAACGCGGAUACGGAGAUCCCGAGUCCGUUUCCUCCACCGACACAGGAGACGAGUGUGCGGCUGCGCAUGCAGACAGAGAAACGAACCGCGAGGGUCCGGGUUUCCGGGGGGACGGUCGAGGCCGUCGUUUCGGAAGAGGGGCGGGCGCAUCCACGGCUGUGGAGAACACGACGUUCAUGUCUUUCCUCAGUCAGUUGACUGGACAGGCGCAUGUUUCCGAAGGCGGCGCGAGUCGCGUGGCCGUUUCCAGUCGCAGCCGUUGCGACAGCAGCGUCAGUGAAUCAGCGAGAGGCGCUGGCGAGGCCGGCUACGAACUGUCGCCGGCGCCGCGCAUCGUCUCAGAGAAGACCGGAGCGGACUGGCCGAGCGACUCGGGAGGGGAGAGGGUUCGAGAGCCGCCGUGGAGGCUGACGCCUGGGGAGCCUAGCUCCGGAAAUGCAGAAUCGGGCGAAGGCCUUCACUUUCGGAACGGCCUGCGAGUCUCGACAGGCGAGCGUGCGGCGCAGGAGACACAUCUGCUCGAGAACGCAGCGUUCGACGCGCCUCUCAGCCCAGGUGUAGAGCUGGAUCCCCGUUCGGGGUUGUUUCUCGAUUGUCACAAGUUGGAGGCAAGUUACCUGCCAAGCCAGAGGCCGUCGUUGUCGGGGACGACGAUUUCAGGUAUCUCUUCGAAACACCGUCCGUCCGACGAGUUUGACUGGGAGGCCGCGCCUCUCUCUCGUCGCUCUUCGCAAACCUCAGAGCGGCCAGUUGGGCUGAGUCCAGUUCUGAACGUCCAAAGGCCCUUUGUUGGCGGCAGGGGGUGCGACGUGUCUCUCUUCUCUGUGGGCGAGGCGGGGCGCUCAGCGCUCGCUGGGGGCGCGAACGAGGCGCCGCGGGAGGGACGAGGCCUUCAGCUUGUCCCUCCCGCGGAGCAGAAAGGGACAAAGGGACGCGCGGCAGGCUCUGGCGACCCAGUGACGCUGGGGGCGAAGGCGCGCACCGCAGACGCGAACGCAGUGAAUGGACUGGGCGGUCUGCGGGGCCUUUGCGGCGUGAGAGAAGUGCACUGUCACCCGCUCGGCCGUCCAGAAGAGGAACGGGACCGGGUACCAGCGGGCUGGAGGCCAUUGGCGAACGGGGAGUCCGCGAAGGGCCGAAAGGGAGUUGGCGGCUGCGAGGCGGAGAGGCAAGAGAAACGGAGAGUCGACCGUCCCUGUCCUUCGGCAGACCCUUGGGGCGGGGAACACCUGCAGAGCUUGCCGGAAACUCCUGAAAGCGACAGCCAAACAGGAAGUUUCUUCUCUAUGGGGGCCUUGGCGGUGUUUCUCGCGCCGGAGACGAGGGGAUCCGCUGCGGCUGUAUCGCGACAACCUGUCGUCAGGGAGGGAGGCCAAGGCGAGAUGCGACAAAGGACACUGAGUAAAGAGGACGGCGACGAAAUGGGACAGGAACUGUGCGGUCCUGGAGGUGCGUCUUUGCACGGCGCCGUCCAGAGGGCGCCCAAAGGCGGCUUCAAAGUGAAGUUCGGCUUCAGUGCUUUUCGCGUUUCGCCGCGCAAGCGUCUUCAGGGAAUCAAAAAGCCCGAUAAACUCUGUAAUAAAAAAGACUCUUCCCCAAACGCAAGGGACGACCGUCGAGUGGGGCAGGCGGGAAUGGACACGAUCAAGCGCUGA